CCAUCAAAUUCAAAACUAGAUCGGGGUCAUGGUUGGCACUGCCUCCCUCGGCAGCUCCCUUUACCUCAAGUUACAUUCCACUGAUUAAUGCUGCACAUAUCUGAUCUCUUUGUUGGAUUAGGAACGGAAUCUGGGCCGGGGUAUCAUCAAGAUGUCUCACCAUGAAAGCGAAAAGGAGCCUCCCAAGGAGCAACAGUAUCCAGUCAAGUGGUACCGAUCUACUUCUACAAACAUCACCAUCCUUGGUCUCUGCAAUUUAGCAGCCCCUGGGAUAUGGUCAGCGAUGAACUCCCUCGGAGCCGGAGGGGCCGCGCGGCCCGAGCUCAUCAACACUGCAAACUCUCUCACAUUCUGCCUGAUGGUCGUGUCUUGUUACUUUUCAAGCGCUAUAGUCAGAUAUAUCGGCAUCAAGGGAGCGCUGACUUUUGGAACAGUCGGCUUCGCCCCCUUCGCGGCAGGUCUUUACGCCAACAACCGCUUCGGUAACGAAUGGUUCGUCAUAGUCGGCGCCGCUAUUUGCGGUAUAUCGGCGGGGGUCUUUUGGAUGGCCGAGGCCGCCAUCGCCAUCGCAUACCCGGAACCGUGGAAACGAGGCCGCGCCAUCGGGUACUGGCUCACCUACCGACUCGGUGGGCAAAUCAUCGGCGGCGCCAUCAACCUGGGACUAAAUGCCCAACGUAACAGCGCUGGCCAGGUCUCUUAUAAUGUAUUUCUUUUCUUUAUCGCCAUUCAGGCCACCGGUCCCCUGAUUGCCAUAUUUUUGAGCAGCCCGGAUCAGGUGCAAAGAAAGGAUGGCAAAAGGGUCGAGUUGGCUAUUACGCAAAAUUGGUCGACCGAGAUUAGGGAGACUACGAGGUUGUUUUUUACACCCAAGUUUCUACUGUUGGUGCUUUGGAUCGGGCAGGCGGUGUUUUCUGAGGCAGUUUUCUUUACUUAUAUUGCGCUGUGGUUCAGCGUGCGAUCCCGAGCUCUUGCGUCCCUGUUGUCGGGGAUAUUUGCCAUCAUUGCUGGCAAUGGCUUAGGCUAUUGGCUUGACUCGACCAGGUUUUCCCUGAAAGUUCGAUCACGGGGCGCGUUUUGGACAAUUGCAAUCCUGCAAGGAGCAUGGUGGGCUUGGGCGACCAUCAACGUGACACGCUUUCGCGAAAUCCGACCGACAUAUGAUUGGGUAGACCAGGAUUUUGGCCAAGCCUUUGUGGUCUUUUUACUUUUGGCUGUUUGGUUGCAGUUGAACUACAUGUUUCUGUAUUUCUUCAUCCAUAACCUUAGCCGGGAUGAGCCUGAUAUUAUUCGAUACGCUGCUCUCUUGCGCGGCACCGAGUCUGCCUGGCAGGCUGUGGCCUAUGGGUUGUCGUCUCUGACUGUGUUUGGCGAAGUUGGCGGCGUUUACAUGAACUUUAGCCUAUGGGCCUUGUCCAUCUACCCUGCGUGGUUGGUCCUCAGGCACUUUGGCAGUACAAAGUCGACUAGCUUCGAGACUGUGGGGGUUUCUGCCGAGGGUCAGACGGCAAAGGGUGAGAGGGGGGUCAUGGUCACAGAUCGCAGUGGAUUAAUAAAUCCUAAAUAG